AUGGUGAGGCUCGCCCCCGCGAAGGCCGUGGUGAAAUCCAUCCUCGACAGCGUCUGGUUCAACGUCAUCACGGGCUUCCUGACGACGUUCGCGCUCUUCGGCGACGACGUGCGCAUCAUGGCCUUCACGGGCGAGGGCAGCGCGGACCUCGCCUUUAGCAUCAUCAACCUCUUCACCAUGUUCUGGUUCGUCCUCGAGAUCAUCGGCAACUCCUUCGCGAAGAACGACUACUUCAACGGCUUCUACUUUUGGCUCGACAUCGUGUCGACGGCGUCGAUGAUCUUCGACAUCAAGUGGUUCGACCCGGGCGCGGAGAACGGCGCGGGCAUCGCGCGGACGGGCCGCGUGUCCAAGGCCGCCAAGGGCGCGCGCGUCGUCCGCAUCGCGCGGCUCCUGCGCCUCGUCCGCAUCGUGAAGUUCUUCAAGAUGAAGAAGAACAUGGAGGGCGAGGAGGAGGAGGACGACGACGACGAGGACGACGAGAUCGCCCAGCGCCAACCGUCCAAAGUCGCCAAGAAGCUCACGGAGCUGACGACGCGCAAGAUCAUCAUCCUGCUGCUGGCGAUGGUCGCGGUCUUCCCGUUCUUCGACGAGCCCUACGCGCAGGUCGGCCAGGACACGGUGGGCCAGUAUCGCGCCCUGGGCAUCGAGAACAUGGACUACCUCAAGCCCGACAUCCCGACGUGGAUGGACGGCGCGGGCUACGACGGCCAGGUCGGGUCCCAGUACUGCUUCACGUACAUGGACCUUUUCUGCAUGAACUUGCGGACCUUCGUGUCGCGCAUGGGCAAGAUCCGCUACAUGCGCCUCGACAAGCUCAACGAUUUGUACGGCUGGCGCAUCUCCGACAACGGCAAGGACCUGGCCUACGCGGGCUACCCGAUCACGAACCCGCGGACCAUGGUCUACUUCGACACGUCGGAGAUGGCCAAGUUCGAGGCCAUGCUCAACAUGCUCCGCAUGAUCGCCGUGAUGAUCGUCCUCAUGACCGCGGUCAUCGUCUUCACGCAGGACGCGACGGAGCUCGUCGUCGGCCCCAUCGAGCGCAUGAUGACGCUCGUGCAGCGCCUCGCCGAGAACCCCCUGGGCGACCUGUCGCGGAAGAAGAAGACGGACAUCGACCCGAGCGACGAGACCUACCUCCUGGAGCAGACGCUCACGAAGAUCUCGGGCCUGCUCCAGGUCGGCUUCGGCGUCGCGGGCGCGGAGGUCAUCUCCAAGUCCAUGUCCACGGAGGCGGGCGCGGGCAUGAACUACAUGCUCCCGGGGAAGCGCAUCACGGCCGUCUUCGGCUUCGCCAUCAUCGAGGACUUCACCGUGACCUGCGGCGCGUUGGAGGAGGAGGUGUGCACGUACAUCAACACGAUCGCGUCCGUCGUCCACGAGGGCGCGCACAGCUUCCACGGCGCGCCGAACAAGAACAUCGGCUGCGCCUUUUUGAUGGUCUGGAAGAUCUGCGACGGCGGCGAGGUCGUGCGCAACGUGCCGCCCCUGGAGAUGGUCGAAUCCGCCCUCGCGUCCUUCCUCAAGGUCCAGGUCGACCUGCACACGGCGAACAAGGCGACGGGCAGUCUCGACAAGUUCAACAAGCACCCGAAGAUCGUCGCGGAGUUCGGCGACGACCAGCACGUCCACAUGGGCUUCGGGCUCCACAUUGGCUGGGCCAUCGAGGGCACCAUCGGCUCCAAGUUCAAGAUCGACGCGUCGUACCUGUCGCCGAACGUGAACACGUCCGCGCGCCUCGAGGCCGCGACGCACAUGUACCAGUGCCCGCUACUGAUGUCGGGCUUCUUCAUCGACGAGAUGUCGCCGGCGUCGCGGUCCUUCUGCCGCAUGGUCGACGUCGUCUCCGUCAAGGGCUCGAACGUGCCGCUCGAGCUCUGGACGUUCGACGUGUCGUUCUUCCCGGAGAACUCGCUCCAGCCGACCUUCGGCGACGACAUGGGCCAGCUCCCCGUGGACUUCGCCAACGACCUCUACUACCGCGAGCUCCAGAAGGGCAUCGACCCCCUCUUCAUGCAGAAGUUCAACGACGCGAUCCAGGAGUACGUCGCCGGCGACUGGAAGCAGGCCAAGCUCCACCUCGUCGAGUCGCUGAAGCGGUAUCCCGAGGACGGGCCCUCCAAGACCCUCAUGCGCGUCCUCGCCAAGGGCUCCUUCACGGCGCCCCCGGACUGGAAGGGCUUCCGCGCGCUCACGUCCAAGACCUAG